AAGUGCACCAAAUCUAUUCAGUAAAUGUAAUGUAGUGUAUACAGAAUAAUAAUAGAAUUAAAUUAUCUAAAACAGUGUAAACACUGUAAACGCUUUUACUACUUAGUACUUACUAUAAUAUACUAUAUAAUACUCUGUUCGAUAUGUAAAGACUCCAGGCAGCAAGUGACCAGUGACUGCUCUUUGUUCGGCGACGUGCAUCUCCCACUUGGAGACAUUUCUGUUUGGCUAGCAGGGUUACUAGUGCUUGUUAUUUGUUUGAUUGGUUGUUAUACAGAACGAUUCAAAUUCUAAUGUAUUUUGUGCUACGUUCUCUCGUUCUCUGAUAUCUUAUAAAUUAUAAUAAUAAUACUAUAAUACUCAUUAUGGUUAGGUACCGAAAUUUAGACAACACAAUGUAAUAAUUCCAUUUUUAUUAAUAAAACUGGAGAAAAAACAGUACAAUGUUAGUGUUACGUCACGUUCAUGUCUAUUGUGAGCAACGUGCCUGCUUUUUACUACUAAGUUUGUUAUGACCGAUGUCACAGUAGUCAAUUGAAUACGUUAUACGUAUAUCGUCAUUCGUCUUAUAUGUAUUAUAUGUCUUAUAUAACUAUUCCAUGUGUGGUUUUUGGUUUUUUUAGGUGCGUACUUUGAAAAUGUCGUUUUACAAAACGACUUUUGAUGCGUUGUGUAGUAAACAAACGUAGUCGCUUUACUAUUACUAUUAUGUUAGUAUUAAAAUAUUAGAUGUAGUAAACCGUCGGAGCCGCUUUACUAUUACUUUUAUAUAUAUAUAUAUAUUAACGUAGCCAUUUUACUAUUGCUGUUAUGUUAAUAUUAAUUAAUAUAUUGCAAUGGUAUCACAAGUCGUGACUACGAUGUUUUAGCUGUUUACACAUAAUGUUAUAUAUGUAAUUGAAUUUCAAUUCUAUGAAAUAGAAGAUUAACAACCUAUAUAAAGUAGCACAAUAAUAGUUGUACUAUUAAAUCAUAAUUUUGGAAAGAUCAAUAUAUUUUCGGCUUCCUUUAUCCACCACUUCUGUCUUCUCUUCUUUACCGUGCAUUCGUCCAGCGGAGACUUGGUAUAUACAGGUUGCAUACAGGUCUCUACCCGCUGUACGAUUAGAAUUAGUCUACUAUCAGUACUAUCCCAGAUCACCGGUCUUAGCUUAUAGUCGUUGCCCGUUGGGCCGCACCCUAACAUCGCCGCUUGUAUUCUGAGUCCAGAUCCAAAGUUUUAACUUCACUAAUUUUUCGGGCGGAGUUAUUUCACUCUGUCUUCAAACUUAUAAACCAUUAUUUACUAACUCAAACUGCUGUUAUUCACCUUAUUCAACCAAACCCCAGCUCUGUCUACUCACGUACGACCGACAAGCGUUCACAGAGAAAUACAUGUAUAACGCGUGCAGUGCAAGUACCUGAGGUCACUACGCGCUCACUACAGUUGUAUCAAAAGGCAGUAAAAGUAAUUUAAAGCUUUUUAACUUAAUAUUUAAAUAUCUUUCUCUAACAGCCCAAAAGUCAGAAAUUGGUUUGCUUUUAAAUUCUAAUCAUUAGAGGUACCUAAUUAUGUUAUAUUUUCUUAUCAGAAUUUUAAUAAUAUUUGUGCACGUAUCGGUGAAGUAUCACAUUUGAAUUGAUGGUCUUAUUAAUAGUUAAAUUAAUAAAGUAGGUAUGUAUAAAUAUCGUUUAAAAUAAUGAAUAAUUAUUAAAUUAAGUGUUUAUGGUGAAACGAAAGGAACCCUUGACUUUUGGGAAGAAAUUACGGAACACCAAAGACUCCGCGGAUCCGCGGAUCACAGUUUGCCGAGUUUGGUAACCGCUGGAUCACAUAAAAAUAUAAAAUAAGAGUGACCGUUGCAAGAAUUCGGCAGUUUAAGUAGUAGGUAUACUAGUAUAUCUGAGACGUUCAGAGGCAAGUCAUAACAGUAUAUUCAGUAUAAACAUUCGGCACUCACGGUCUUCAAUUCCACUAUCCAGUGAGGUCAUUAGAUCGUAACACCGUUUACCACUUUUUAGCUUAGGUACUAUCGUAAUUUUGUAUUUUAAUUAAAUAUUAAAUAAAGACAAUAUUAUACUUGAUUUAUCACGUUUUCAUUCCGGCGUGGAUCCAUAAUAGUCGACGAGUUGAACGUAAAUACGUAACAUUACACGGAAACGAACUACGCGUCUUACGACAGGUAUACAGAUCGUUCUAUCGGUGACCACAACCCAUUGUCGCGGCGAUAAUUUCCAGAGCCCAGAUCGUCUUUACACGCACGAGCGUCAUUAUAUUAUUAUUGAUAAUAAUUUCGUCAUGUUUUUCAACUACAACAGGUACGGCGAAGUGGUGGUGUACGUGGACGGCGCCUGUCGCGGUAAUGGUACGCGAAGGGCGCGUGCCGGCGUCGGCGUUUGGUUCGACGACUAUCAUGAGCUGAACUUGUCAUCAAGCAUGCCCGGAGUCCAGACUAAUAACAAUGCUGAGAUAUACGCUGCAAUUAGAGCCAUUGAUAUACUAAUUGACUACAACGAAUAUUGUGUAGAAAUAAUGACUGAUUCCAUGUAUUUAUGUGACUGUAUGACAAAAUGGAUCAAUAAAUGGAAGUACAAUGGUUAGAAGAAUUGUAGAGGUAACAUAGUGGCCAACAAGGAUAUGAUUCAAAAACUGGACAGGCUCAUAAGGAAUAUGAAUUCUGUAACAUUUACUCACGUACGAGGACAUAAUAAUAAUCAUGGUAAUGAGCAAGCAGACAUGUUAGCUUGGCAAGCAGCAAAUGAAUUGUACUGAAUUAAAAGUGUUAUACUCAUUGUUAUCAACAUCUCAAUAAGGUUAAAAUAUAGUUUAUUAAGUUUUAAAAUUUAACAAAAAAAAAUCACAUUUCUUAAAAUAAUAUAUGUAUUACAAUAUAGCAAUAUAAUAAUGGCAUACCUAAUGAUAAACUGUUAUUGGGUAUAUUCUUAAUUAAGUUUUAUAGAAAAAUAAAGAGUUUAUUGUUAAAACUAAAUAACUACAACUGAUAUUAUUAUUUUAAUUUCUAUUUAUUGUGUUUAUUUAAGAAAGACAU